CGGCCCUGCGCCAAGCAAAGUGCCACUGGGCCCAUGAUGGAGCGUCAUGCGACGGUCCAACGGAGCACCUCAAAAUGUCAGUCGCGCCAGCUGCGAUGUGGUGAAGGUUGCCUUUGGACUGGCCGCGCUGCUGAGCGUGCUGCUGAACUUUGCCGUGGUGGUGCUAUCUCCACUGUUUCAAUUGGCUUGCGACCUGGAGGAGCCUGGCCGAGCGCCACGGCCGCCACGGCGUCUGGCCGAACGCCUUGGGCCUGGUCGCGGGCGCGUCAGCGAGGCGUGGUCCUCUCUGGAGCCCGUCGACUUUGAUUCGCUGCGGCUGCUUCCGAACAGUGAGUUAGAAGCCGCAGCGCGGAAAGCGCCGCGGUGGCUCUUCUUUGGCCUGUCGUCAGUGCAUCGAAAACAAGCUGAAUACCUGGGUAUCACGCUGUCCCAUUUGUUCGACGCCUUAGGCGAAUCUACGGACACAGGUCUUGUGGUACACCUUGCGGAUUUUGAUGAAAAUUGGGUGUUCCAAAGUCGAGAUUGGCUGAGAAAUGCUUUUGAAGAUGAAGUGCAGGCCAAUCGCCUUCACGUCAUCCACGCACCGGAGCGCUUGUACCCGGCCAAAGAGCAGAUCAUGAAAAACACCAAGUAUGGCGAUCCACCCUUGAGACAGUGGCGAGCGAAGCAAAACUUAGAUUAUGCCUUUCUCAUGUGGUAUGCCUCAGGCCUGGCCAAAUACUACAUGCAACUGGAAGAUGAUGUGCAGGUGACUCCGAGCUUUCUUCCAACGGUCCGGAGGUUCAUGAACGAGAAGGUGACGGGCGACGCCUGGGUGAUGGCCGCCUUCUCGAAGCUGGGCUUCAUCGGCAAACUCUUCGAUGCAGCCAGGCUUCCGAAAUUGGCAGAGUUCCUGUUGAUCUACCAUGCUGAGGCACCUUGCGAUUGGUUGGUGUGGAUCUUCAUCGAUGCUGCCUCUUCGCAACCAGUGACUGCCAUGAUCCCCCAGGAUUUGGAGGAUGAAUUCAACCAGCGCGAAUCUGCCAAGAAGAACCCCAACGUCGUGCUGGUGCUGGUGCUGCUGGUGCUACUGGUGCUGCUGGUGCUGGUGGUCGCGGUGGUGGUGGCCGUGGUGGGGGUGGUGGGGAUGGUUGGGAUGGUUGUGGUGGUGACGGAAUGGGACAUGAUGGGCUUGGUGUGA